AUGGCGACCCAGAAGAGCGUUGGCAACCUGACGGAGGCGGAUCUGAAGGGGAAGAAAGUGUUCCUCCGCGCCGACCUCAUCAAUGUGCCGCUGGACGACGACCAGAACAUCACCGACGACACCCGCAUCCGUGCCUCUGUCCCUACCAUCAAAUUCUUGACGGAGAAAGGCGCCAAGGUGAUCCUGGACAGCCAUCCGGGGCGUCCAAAAGGUGUCACUCCCAAGUUCAGUUUGAAGCCUCUUGUCCCGCGCUUGUCUGAGCUCCUUGAAGUGGAUGUGGUUAUGGCCAAUGACUGCAUUGAUGAGGACAUCGAACAGUUGGCUGCUUGUUUACCAGAUGGAGGUGUUCUGCUCUUAGAAACUGCUAGGUUCUACGAGGAGGAAGAGAAGAACGACCCUGAAUUUGCCAAGAAGCUGGCUUCAAUUGCUGAUAUUUGUGUAAACGAUGCCUUUGCACACGGAGGAGCCCUGCUGGAAGGCGAGGGCCUCCCAGGUGUCUUUGCUUUUGACAUCAAUGAUGGUUAUACCACGGUUAGUGGUACCAAGAACGGGCUGCCGGACAAGACGAGCCACCACAUUUCAACUGAUGAUGGUGUGAGCUCGGAGCUGCCAGUAGGCACGAGCCGCAGGACCCUCCCAGCAGGUGUCUUUGCUUAUGAGAUCACUAGUGAAGACAAGAAGGUGAUCCACCACAUUUCGAGUGAUGGUGGUCGUCGUGCGAGCACGAAGGUGCAGGAAGGCAAGGGCCUCCCAGGCGUCUUUGAUUGGAGUGGUGAAGAUGGCUCGUUUGUUACUGGCGAGAGCAGGGCGGAAGACAAGUAUAUCGAACACAUUUGA